AUGGCUCCAACCAUCCUCAUCGUCGGCGCAACGGGCAACACCGGCCGAGCCGUAACAGAAACUCUUCCAACCCUUCUGAAAGCCAAUGAGAAUUUCAAGAACCAUCGAGUACUUGCCCUGACAAGAUCUCUCACUAGCUCUUCGGCCCAACUGAUUGCAAAAAUCCCCGGCGUCGAAAUCAUCGAAAAGAACUGGACCGAUAUUACCUCCGACUGGCUCCGAGAACAUGAAGUCGUCCGAGCCUUCAUCGCAUCUCACAAUGCACCAAAUCAGUUUGCCGAGGAGUCUGCCUUCCACGUCGCCGCCCUUGGAGCUGGUGUCGAAUACGUUUACCCGCGGAGCCACUGGGCUAUUGAGGCGAUGCUUGGUUCGGCGGAAUUCAGCGCUUUGAAAUGGACUUCCCUUCAGCCAAACGUGUUUCUAAACUUCUACAUGGCCCUCGUCGCUGAGUACAUCAAGCAAUAUAAGCGGACUGGCGAACUGGGUCCGCUGAAGCUGAUGGCAUCCAAAGAUGCCCCUGUUGCGCCUAUCCACCCAGAUGAAGUCGGCGUGUUUGCUGCUCAUCUCCUGGCCUUGGAUAAUCCUAGCCCACACAGCGGGGCAAAGUAUGUCUUGAAUGGACCGGAAGAUAUCACUGGCGAACAGCUUGUCGGCUUAGUGGAGAAACAUAUUGAUACGAAGGUGAAGGAUGUGAAAUACCAAGAUCUGAGCUUUUUGGAUGCGAUGCUAGGCAGUCAAUAUGAAGGAUCGGGUGAAUCUAUGACUGUUAUAAAGUCAAUAAAGUAUGCACCGUUGACCAUGUGGGAAGGGAAGUGCAAUGCUUCGACGACUAGCAAGGAGAUUUUGGACAUUGCUCCUCCGAGACGGACGCCCACCGAGGUGUUAGAGGAUUUGCUGAAGGCAUAA